AUGGCUGUAAACGGUGCCAAUGGCGCGCCCCCCACGAAUUCGGUGCCUCUUCUGGACCAGGCAAUGUUCACUCCUCGAAAAUUACGACUUGUGUGCAUCGGCGCUGGUUUCUCAGGCCUGACCCUGGCGUAUAAAAUCAAACAUGAGUUGAGACUGGAACACGAGUUUGACCUACAGAUCUAUGACAAGAAUUCAGAUGUUGGCGGGACAUGGUACGAGAACAGAUAUCCCGGCGUAGCAUGUGAUACCCCAGCCCAUACUUACGUCUUCCAAUUCGAACCGAAUCCAAAUUGGUCAUCCUUCUACGCCGGCGGCGCUGAGAUCUGGCGGUACAUCAAGGAUACUGCCAUCAAGUACGACCUUCUACCAUUUGUAUCCCUGCGAUCAAAAGUCACAGAUUCAACUUGGAACGAAGAGGCCGGCAAGUGGAAGCUCAGAAUUAGUCAAGAUGGAACAACGAUUGAAGAUGAGUGUGACAUUCUGAUUAAUGCAUCUGGAAUCUUGAAUAAGUGGUUUUGGCCAAAGAUUGAAGGCCUGAAAGAUUUUAGGGGCAAGUUACUACACACUGCGCAUUGGGAUAAGUCCUAUGACUGGACGGGAAAGAAGAUUGCUGUCAUCGGCAAUGGAAGUAGCGCAAUUCAAAUUGUGCCUCAACUACAGCCUAAAGCUCAGCUGUUGGUCAACUUUAUGCGCAGUCCCACCUGGAUAUCAGCAAACUUCCUGAACGAAUUCACACCUGAAGGCGCAAACUUCAAAUACACCGAGGAAGAAAAGAAGAGAUUUCGAGACGACCCGGCAUUCUUUCUCGAGUUGCGGAGAGCGCUAGAGCAUGCGUUCAAUCACUUCAUAGUAGCCAUGUUCGAUGGAAGACCCGAGCAGGAAGAAGUCCAGAUUGCCUUUACAAACAUUAUGAAAGACCGACUUAAGGGGAACGAAGACCUGAUCGCGCGGCUCAUUCCUGCUUUCAAAGUGGGCUGCCGACGGCUGACCCCUGGUGAUGGCUAUCUGGAAGCCCUUCAACAGGAGAACGCCCGCUGUCAAUGGAACAAAAUUGUCAAGAUUACUGAGCGAGGGAUACUGACCGAAGAAGGCGAAGAGGAAUUUGAUCUCAUCGUCUGCGCCACAGGCUUCGAUGUAAGCUUCCGGCCGUCCUGGAACCUCGUCGGUAGAAAUGGAUACCGCUUAGACGAAGCCUUUAGAGACUAUGCUAAAGCUUACUUUGGGGUUUCUGUUGCUCAUGUUCCCAACUUCUUCACCUACAUGGGCCCCAAGUCUCCGGCGGCACACGGUUCACUGACUGGUUCCUUGGACGCUAUCACCGACUAUAUUCUGAAAUGGUGCCACAAGAUCGCUACUGAAGACAUCAAGGCGGUCUGUGUCAAGGAAAGCGCCGUCGACGAUCUGGAUAUAUACUCUCAAGAGGUAUUGAAGAGGACAGUAUGGGCAGGGCCAUGCAAGAGUUGGUAUAAGAAUGGCAAAGAGGACGGACCGGUUACUGCUCUUCACGCCGGCAGUGCUAUACAUUAUCGAGAAAUUUUGCAAGAUAUUAGAGGAGAACAUUUCGAGUUCACCUACAGGUCUCCCAAUUCGUUCAGGUUCCUCGGGAACGGCUUUAGCCUACGGGAGGACGCUGGUGGAGAUCUUGGGUAUUACUUGAAGAGGUAG